UUGCUCUUUACAUAGGAACGAGGUUGUUAUGUUUCCCAGAAGAUGGCGGGCUGUGAUAUUUCUGUGCAACCCGUAUCUUCACUCAUAGACGACAAAGUUAGAAUCGUUGCAUCUGGACUUCAACCAAAACAGAAUAUUACGCUUGAGGCAAGGAUUGUUGGCGACAAAGGUGAAGUGUUUGAGUCACACGCUCACUUUAUUGCUGAUAAAGAUGGCGAGGUUGAUGUUUGCCGUGACUCGUCUUUGGGAGGAUCUUACAACGGAGUUUCACCCAUGGGAUUGUUAUGGAGCAUGAAACCAGCACCGGGACAGAGAAAAGGAACUCGACUGAUGAAAUCAGAUGUUACCAAACCGUACAACAUCGUCUUGAACUGUUUUGAUGACCAUGUGACUCCAAGCGAAUCUUCACUGCAGCCCUUGUCAAGCGUGACAUUUCAGAAAUGGCACAUGGCCGAAGGAGUGAAAAGAAUUCCAGUGAGAGAAGGACGAAUCCGUGGGGCACUUUUCAUUCCCCAGGGAGAUGGACCUUUCCCUGGUGUGAUAGAGAUGCUGGGUGGCGCUGGAGGACUUGUGGAAUUCAAGGCUUCCCUUCUGGCUUCUCAUGGAUUUGCAGCUCUUGCAUUGGCCUACUAUUCUUAUGAUGAUCUACCAGAUUUUACACAGUGUGCCAACAUGGAGUACUUUGAAGAGGCGGCUAACUGGCUCAGUAGUCAUCCUAAAGUCUUGCCGCAUGGUAUUGGCGUUCAUGCCAUUUGCGUUGGAUCAUGGAUUGCUUUGUUAAUGGCAAGUCUAAGAAUGAAUGCCAUUAAGACCGUUGUGGCUAUUUCACCUUUUGUGUCUUGCGGUGUACCUUUUCAGUAUAAGGGGAAGGUCUCUGAGGUAUUUCCUCUUGAAAAUACCAAGAACAUAUUGACGGAAGAUGGUAGCAUCUGGCGUCAUUCUUUUUCAACAGUCACGGAUUGCAAACCCCAAGUUUCUAAAUACCCUGCCAUCAUACCAGUUGAAAACAUUUCCUGUCCUGUUCUGUUAGUCUUUGGAACAGGAGAUCUUAAUGUUAAUUCUGACUUUGCUACAGAACUGAUUUUUGAUCGCUUGAAAGCCCAUGGCAAGGAACAUUUGUGUUUUAUUUUGCGUUAUCCCGAGGCGGGACAUCUCAUUGAGCCGCCAUACACUCCACACUGCUAUGCUUCAUACAGCAAAUCUACUGCCAAAUCGCUGGGUGACAGCAACCUAGUGUGGGGAGGAGAGAUGGGUGCUCAUGCUAAAGCACAAGAGGACGCCUGGCCAAAGAUCUUAAGUUUUCUGCGAAGAAAUCUUCAGCACUCCUGUAGUUUAUAGUACGCAGCUAAGAAUUAAGAUUAAACAUGCAUAUUAAUACGAAGAACGAUUUUCGUGAGAACUUCGUAUUUAGGCGGGUACCGAUGAGGUCGUGACCCGGGGGAAACGUCCCAUACACGGUGGCUUUCGUGUAUUUUUUGUUUAAACAAAAUACACGUAUUAUAAAUUACAGUUGUAAAGAACUGCGCUAUUACACUUCAUAUACAUACACCAUCAUGUGUUACUUAGAGUAGGAAAACGAAAGAAAAGAAAAGAUUUAGUUAAUUAUGACAACACACAUUAGCGACAAUAAAAUCCAAAAGGAAAAAGGAGAAUUGAAAAUGAUAAAUAAAUAAGCAAAACAAAAACAAAAACAAGGAUUAACGCGAACAAAGGAGAAGAGGACCGAUAUUUCAUUUCUACUCUUGAUUUUAAUUCAAGUAACUUUGUCUGUGAGGAUUGGAGAGGAGUAUAGUCAUGAAGAUAUUAUGGAUCAUCGCAGUUAUGCACACAACUUACGCAGUUCAGUGAAAAAAAUUCAGGCCUGAACGGGAUUCGAACCCAUGACCUCGGCGAUACUGGUGCAAUGCUCUACCAGCUGAGCUAUCAAGCCAACUGGGAGGUGGUCACUUUGUGAUUUCGUAAUAUAUCUGUAGAAGGGGAAGAAUACAAGUGAAUAUAUGAAAGUUCGUAUAUUUGAACUGCGGAGAAUGAUAUGAAGAUAUUAUUGAAGAUACUAUACUUGACUAUAGUGUAGUCAUGUUACAAUGAACGCAUUAAUUUACUACAAGAGAAGAGAAUCGUAAGUUCCUUGAUGUUCUCUUGUUUGCUUAUUAAGUUUCAACUUUCUAUUUUGUUUUGACGGUUGGUUGAAGUCGUAAGCAAAAAUGUUUUCCGCGGGAGAUAUGAACGAGCCAAAAGGCAGAGGGUGGGGCUGAGAAUUACAAAAAUAGACUUGUAUUUAAAAUUGAUUUUACAAACUAAGUGCGAUUUUGAGACCGCA